ACUCCGCCGGCAAACUUCGGCGGUCGCGUAUAUUCUACAGUACCAACUCCAUGAGACCGCACGCACCAUGACUCGCCGCCCUCGCAGCGCGCCGCUUCUUUUAGCGAUCGCUGCGACUUUUCUGCCGCAAGCUAAUUUUGUCGCGGGGGCUGGUGGGGGUGGCAUGUUCGGAGAUGUAAAUAUAUCAGCAAUUUUGGACUCAUUUAGUAUAAGUUACGAUAAAAGAGUAAGGCCAAACUAUGGAGGUCCGCCAGUGGAGGUGGGCGUCACCAUGUAUGUGCUCUCUAUCAGCUCCGUCUCCGAAGUGCUCAUGGAUUUUACACUAGAUUUUUACUUUAGACAGUUUUGGACUGAUCCACGAUUGGCUUACAAAAAAAGACCCGGUGUGGAAACUUUAUCAGUGGGGUCUGAAUUUAUUAAGAAUAUAUGGGUUCCAGAUACUUUUUUUGUUAACGAAAAACAAUCAUAUUUCCAUAUUGCCACCACUAGCAAUGAAUUUAUUCGUAUCCAUUACUCCGGAUCUAUUACAAGGAGUAUCAGAUUGACGAUCACUGCAUCAUGUCCAAUGAACUUGCAAUACUUUCCCAUGGAUCGCCAGCUGUGCCACAUAGAGAUCGAGAGUUUCGGCUACACCAUGCGAGACAUCCGAUACAAAUGGAACGAGGGGCCCAACUCUGUAGGCGUAUCGAGCGAAGUGUCAUUACCGCAGUUCAAGGUCCUUGGGCAUCGUCAACGAGCUAUGGAAAUCUCCCUCACAACAGGAAAUUAUUCAAGACUGGCCUGCGAAAUCCAAUUCGUGCGAUCGAUGGGUUAUUAUCUAAUUCAAAUUUACAUCCCCUCCGGUUUAAUUGUGAUCAUAUCAUGGGUAUCGUUUUGGCUCAACCGAAAUGCGACUCCCGCUAGAGUAGCUCUGGGUGUAACUACUGUGUUGACUAUGACCACUCUCAUGUCAUCGACCAAUGCUGCUCUUCCGAAGAUUUCCUACGUGAAGUCAAUUGAUGUUUAUCUUGGAACCUGCUUCGUGAUGGUCUUUGCCAGCUUACUGGAGUAUGCUACUGUAGGAUAUAUGGCGAAAAGGAUUCAAAUGAGGAAACAAAGAUUUGUUGCCAUUCAGAAAAUAGCAUCGGAAAAGAAAAUGCCAGAAUGUCCCCCUGUCGGGGACACCCACACUUUAUCCAAAAUGGGAACACUAGGAAGAUGUCCUCCCGGGAGACCAUCUGAGGUCCGAUUCAAAGUUCAUGAUCCAAAAGUACAUUCUAAAGGUGGUACUUUAGAAAAUACAAUAAACGGAGGAAGAGGUGCUGAAGAAGACAACCCUGGUCCACCUCCACAUAUUUUGCAUCCCGGGAAGGAUAUAAGCAAGCUCUUGGGAAUGACACCGUCAGAUAUCGACAAAUACUCCCGCAUCGUGUUCCCAGUUUGCUUCGUGUGCUUUAAUCUCAUGUAUUGGAUCAUUUACCUCCAUGUUUCUGACGUCGUGGCUGACGAUCUCGUUCUCCUGGAAGAGGAUAAAUAGAGGGUGUUGACGAGAAUCCACUUAUUUUGUCCACUUCUAGUGGUGACGUAAUAAUUUGAAACAUUGUAGGUAAUCAAGCCACAAAAAGUGUCAAAGAACAGCACGCACUAAUUAUCUGAAAAGAUGUGAAGGUGAUAUUGUAGGUAAUGAGAACGAUAUCCCUAAGCGCAUUGUCAUUUGCCUACAAUUAAAUAGCAAGUAUUGUGACUGUAGUGAUGCCUGCAUAUUUGAAUGAAACAAGGAAUAAUUAUGUGAAUAAAAUGCGUUUAGUAAAUUAUUGUAGACAUGGGGUUGUCUUUGGAGUCUGAAGUAGUAACGAUGCGACUGAAAUACUGUCAUUUACUUCUUUGCAGGGGGUUUGUACGUCCAUAGGGCGACUAUAGGAGUAGGUACAAAUUUUUUACAUAUGUACUUGUCUAUAAUAAAUUAUUGUAAAUAGAUAAGCAGAUAGUAAUAAUUUAUAUACGCGCAUAAUCAUCGCAGACUCAUUUAAGAAAAAAUGCUAGACUAGUCAAAAAUGAUAACGCAAUCAAGUUCCUAAGUUAUAUGAUACUUUAGAACCGCUAGUAGAAUUAUUAUGAGCAGUUUCAAAUUAUUAUGUGCGGCAAAAUAAGUGGCAUUAGUCUAUAAUGAAACAAAAAUAUGAUGCUCAACAAUGCUUUUAUUAUUAUUAAUUAGU